CGAUGCACGCUGGUUACAAACACGGAAAUAGAGAAGGUGGACGUCAGCGUUCCACGGGUGCAGGAUUCAUAGUCUAUGGAUUUUCUGCAGCUGCUAUCAUGUGCGUGCAUCAUAUUCACCGUCGGGAUGUUCACGACGGGAUUGACCGACUUAAAGAAAAUGAAGACCACACAGAGUGCAGAUAACGUUCAGUUUCUGCCCUUCCUCACAACAUGCUUGAAUAAUCUAGGUUGGCUGUACUAUGGAUUAUUAAAGGGAGAUGGAACGGUGAUAUCUGUAAACAUCAUUGGGGCCUGUUUACAGACGUUAUACAUCAUCACCUACUGUCAUUAUACCAAAGACAAGAGGCGAGUGUUCUCGCAGACGCUGACGAUGGUGAGUGUGUUGUGUGUAGGCUGGGUGUAUUUUACUGUGGUGAUUCCUUCUGGAGAAGCUCAACUCUCUCAGCUGGGCCUCGCCUGCAGUGUGUUCACCAUCAGUAUGUACCUCUCUCCACUCACUGAUCUCUUGGAUAUUGUGCGAAAUAAGUCUGUGGAGCGCUUGUCUUUUUCCUUGACCGUCGCUACAUUUUUCACAUCUACGUCAUGGACGCUGUAUGGCCUUCAACUCCAUGACUAUUAUAUAAUGGUGCCCAACACCCCUGGCAUCUUUACUAGCCUCAUCCGCUUCUUCCUCUUCUGGUGGUUCGGAGCUAUCAUUCCAAACAAGUCCUCCUAUAAACUGGUCCAAAUCUGAGAGAGGAUUUCGACUGAAUGUGAUCGAAUCUAAUUAAUUGCCUUCUCUACUUUUUACACAAACCAGAAGACAUUCUGGUUUCCUUCACAUCAGACUUCUACGAUACCUUCUGAACUCAAACCUCUAGUUAAACUGCAGAAAAAUUUUUCCAAAAAUUUUAAUCAUGUCACCAUUUACUCAUCACGUUGUUCCAAAUCUGUGUGAAUUUCUUUUGUGGAAGAGUUAAUGGUACUGUUUGGCUGCCAGCAUUCCUCAAAAUAUCAUCUUUUUUGUUCCACAGAAGAAAAAGUCAUACAAGUUUGGAAUGACACGAGGAUGAGUAAAUGAUGACAGAAUUUUCAUUUUUGGAAAAGCAAUCCCUUUAAAGGAUGUUUACUCCAAAAAUACAAACUGUGAAUUUACUCACAGUCAUAUUCCAAACCUCCUGUAUGACAUGUUUUCUGUUCACAAAAGAAGACAUUUUUAAUGACAUAGAAUUGGAACUGGAGCUUUCAGUGUUACAAAAGACAUCAUACUGUAGUAGUCAUAGUCAAAGUUUUCUGAAACCGUAAGUUGAGUUUUGUGUGACACACAAUAUUUUAUUAACUGAUAAAUCUUGAUCUUAGCUCUUCUGAAUCUGAAUGAUUCAUUCUCAGAUAUGACUGAUCCGGUAUUUAUUUGAGCUCACAGGAGGGGGAAGAUUAUUAGCUUAAAAACACACGUGACAAACAUGUCUUUAAUAUCUAUUUUAUGACACCUUUAUGUCUUGAAAGUUCCUGUACCCUUUUUUAUGAUAAGAUGGGGGGAAAAUCUCCUUAGAAUGUCUUUGUUUGUCUUUCCUGGAAGAAAAGUCAGUCAUACAGGUUUGUUUUACUCAGAAGCGUGAGUAAAUAAUGACAGUGAAUUUUAAGUUCUUUGAGUGACAGACUAUUUUCACUUUGUCUUUUUGGUUAAUCCUUAUAUGGAUGAGGAGGCUCUCAAUUUGUUUGCAGGCAUUUCUUAGUUAAAAUGUGUUCAAAUCUGCAAACACAACAAACUCCAAACUGAGCACUUAAAACCAUUUCUUAUUUCAGCCAUUUCUCUGGAAGUGAUGUUAUCAUUAAGCAGGUCUGUACAUAUAUUUUUUUCUUUUUAUAUUGGUUCCAUGCAGUUCUGAGUGGCCUUGAGGAACAUCUCAUGUUCUAGUACUUAAAUAAUGAAUGUAGUGUUUACAAAUUGUUCAUUAAUCAUUGGCUACUUUAUUAUAACAUCAUUCUUAAUUGUGUCCAUAUAGCAGUUUGGCAGCUAUUUAAUCAGCAUCCAACUCAAGUGACAAAGCCCAAAAUAAAUUUUAUAAGCGUAAAACCUUCCUUUGUGCGGAAGAGAGCAUAACAUAAACAUAGAAAAUCUAUGUAUAGAAUAUCUGUCUCUGAGAUUACAGAAAAUAGGAAAUCUUGGUAUGCCUGGUUACAGGUCUUGUUUUGUAGCUGGAAAUAUGCAUAUGCUAAACUGGUUUGAUCUUUGACGGACAUAAACUUUUAUUGGGUCUUACUGUACAUCAUUUGGUACUUUAUUCACUAAAGAUUUCAGAGUCUUGUGAAUUGAAAAAAAAGAGAAAAAAAAAGGUUAUGAUAAUUUAUACCAUAUCAACUGUGUUUUAUUGUUGUAUUGUUAAUUUUGCGGGGGUUUACAUUAAGAUUAAAUGUUUUUGUGUUCCUUUGUACUAUUUUGUAUCCUAUGCAACAGUGUAUAUUAUAUUAGACGGGAUUUAGAGGGAUGUUCUAUCUGGAGUUUACUGGGGAAAAAUUGUCUCAAAUAAAUUUUAUAUAACAUAUAACCUUCAGUGUCUGGCUGAGACCGAGAGAAGAAGUUAUGAGAGCUUAGCAGGGGAAUGUGAGAGGAUUUUGUCCUGGUCUCAAAGAGGAUCAGCGCUGAUUGUGAGCAAUGAAAACUAAAAUACGCUCAAAAGCCAAGGCGUAAUGCAUGCUGACAGACAUUUUAAUUUCUGUGGGAAAUAACAGCACAAUUAUUUCUCGCUAUUAGGUGUUCGGUUUUGUAGAGCUCUCGUCAAAUGUUUGUAUGUUUGUGUUUUUUUCUUGUUUGUAGUUUGUCUUCGUUAACACGAUCCGAGUGGGAACCGUGGGUUUGCCUGUUCUCACUGCCUAUGGAGUCUUUA